AUGAUUGAUGAAUUACUUGAUGAGUUGCAUGGAGCUCAAUUCUACUCUAAGUUGGAUUUAAGAUCUGGGUACCAUCAAAUCCGGAUGCAUGCUUCUGACAUUGAAAAAACAGCUUUUCGAAUGCAUGAAGGCCACUAUGAAUUUUUGGUCAUCCCAUUUGGCUUGACCAAUGCUCCAUCCACCUUUCAAAGCCUGAUGAAUGAUGUGUUUAGGCCAUUUUUGAGGAAGUUUAUGUUGGUAUUUUUUGAUGAUAUCCUCGUAUACAACCCCGUUAAAAUAGAUGCUAUGUCUACUUGGCCUAGACCUCAAUCUUUGAAAGCUCUUCGAGGAUUUUUGGGUUUGACUGGCUAUUACCGAAGGUUCAUAAAAGACUAUGGCAAGAUCAGCCAACCCCUUACUAUAUUGCUUAAAAAGGAUGCCUUUAAAUGGUCAGAGAAUGCUAAACAGGCUUUCGUUCUAUUGAAAAGAACUAUGACUACUGCUCCUGUAUUGGCUUUACCCAAUUAUGAUAAAACCUUUGUGCUAGAAUGUGACGCUUUUAAGGGGCUGGGAGCUCGGAAUAAGUAUGAAACAGUGGCAGCACCUGGGUUGUUACAGCCCCUUCCCAUUCUUACUAAGCUUUGGAGUGAUAUUUCAAUGGAUUUCAUUGAAGGGUUACCCAGCUCUUUGCAUAAAACUGUGAUCUAUAUGGUUGUGGAUAGGCUUAGUAAAUAUGCUCAUUUCAUUUCCAUAACCCAUCCAUACACUGCUACUGCAGGUACUAGUUUGUGUAUGGGUUCUUCUUAUCACCCCCAAACAGAUGGCCAAACUGAAGUAGUUAAUAGAUGCCUUGAGGGGUACUUGUGGUGCUUAGCAAGAGACAGACCUACUGUAUGGACCAAAUGGCUAUCUCUCGCUGAAUGGUGGUAUAACACUACCUACCAUGUCACUACGGGAGUCACACCAUAUGAGGCCUUAUAUGGUCAAACCCCUCCCAACUUGAACCAUUAUAUUCCCAGGAAUACUGCUGUGGUAGCUGCUGAUACUUUGUUGCAGGAUAGAGCUGCUAUUUUAAAGUUGUUGAAACCUUUCAAGCAAGUUUCUCUGGCAUUACGGAGGAAUGCCAAACUAGCUCCUAAGUAUUUUGGUCCUUUCCAAAUCCUGCAGAAGCUAGGACCUGUUGCCUACAAACUCGAUUUGCCAUCUUCCUCCAAGCUACAUCCAGUUUUCCAUGUCUCCUUAUUGAAGCCUAAACUGGGUCAAGACGAUGAUGAUAAUGGGAUGAUUUUCUUUGAUCACUUAACUGGAUUGAGUAAUCAAAUGGUGGAUAAAUUCAACUCUAAUCAAAUGCUUUCGUGUUCAUGGUUUUCUUGA